UUUUCGUAACAACGAUCACACUCGUUUGUGUAUUGCGAAGACGGGCGGACGUGCGUCGGCGUCGAAUGCGGAACAAGCGCUAAAGCAAACUAGCGAAAAAGUGCGAAUAUCAAAAGAAAAGAGAACCAAAGAAAUUGUUUUUUUUUUUUCACCACGAGCGUCGUCGCUAAAACAACAAAAAGGAAUUAAAUAAACCAAAAGCAAACGUGGAGAGAGGGAAAGCAGCAACUAAAUAUAACAACAAAUGCAUUAAAUAGUGUUGUUUUUUUUUGCCACACUGCCAAAAUGCAGUUAGCGAUUGUUUGUCUCCUGAAAUAAUACCAAACCAAAAGUGUGGAUAUCAAAAAGCCUGGAAAAGUACGGAAACGCAAGAUUACAUAGAGCGCGAGCGAGACAGCAUUCUAGAGCAAAAGAGCGAGAGUGUGCGGAGGAGCGAUGGCCAGCGAGGAUGUGCAGAUCACUAGCGUCAUCGAUGCCAAUGGCCAGAGCCUACCGCUCCACGGCAACAGUUUGGGCGGUCCCCUGGGCCCGCCCGUCAAGCAGGAACGUCCCGAUGACGCCGAGAUCCGCGAACUAGCGGCCAAAAUGAAGGAGCAGCAGAAGCAACAGGCCGCCCAGCAGGCAUCUCGUCAAGCGGCCAUGCAGCACUCGAAUGGGGGCGCCAUUGCGGCAUCCUCGGCCGGUGGCAACAUGCAGCCGCCGAUCACAAAUGGCAAUGGCCAGACCAAUAUCAUGAACUACCUAUCUCGUCAUCAGAAACUACCCAACGGCACCAUGCAGGUGGUGCCCGCCUUGGCCUCCAAUGGCCGUUCGAAUGGAGCCGUCAACGACUCCGGCUCGGACAAGAAGUCCUCCGCGGGACCCUGCGACGAGGAGUCCAUUCAAGGCCACUUCGGCUGGGCUCAGUUCGGCAAGGUAUCCAUACCGUACAUCUAUCGCCAAUCGGAGAAAUACUGCUCCGUGCGCAUGAUCGAACUGAAACUGCUGGGCAAAUACCUCAACUGCCUGCAUCCGGAUAUCUACUCCAGCUGCACCUGCGUGCGCAGCUACUACAUCACCGAUGCGGAGGCCCGUCUCUUCAUCGAGAUCAAUCAUAAGCACUGCGACGGCGAGUUCGGUCGCGACAUUUUCAACCAAAAGGAUUUGGUGGUGCGUCUCAGUGACGCAUCGAAGUUCUAUCAGUUCCUGGAUAUUUGCUAUAGGAAACUAGUCUCCGGCAGCAAGACGCCGUCGGAGAAGUGCGGCUUCAUUCGCAUCAACAAGGAGUCCGUGGUGCCCUACACUGUGCGCAACAAUCAGCAGGUUGUGCCGCUCUUUUACUUUGAGGGCGAGACCGAGAAUCUAAAGACCAAGGCGGAGCUGCUCAAUGGCUGGGACCUGGCAUAUCUAAAGUUCUGCUGCAAGGUGCAGGGCAUACGCAACGAGCUCUUCUCCAGCGAGAAUGUGGCCGUGAUUUCGCUGACGGACAUCAAAAGCUACUUCCCAAAUGGCACCGAAUUCGAGGACUACUGGCCCAGCAAGGUGGUUGACUCCAAUCUGCUCAUUGGCAAUCGGGCCAAUGUCAACAACUCGGUCAACUGGACCCGUCAACCCUCGGCGCCGCCUCCAAAAGUGACAACCUCCGUUUCCGGAUCGUCCGGCCCUUCCUCCUCCAGCGGCGGCAACAUGGGCCAGAACACAUCAUCCGCAUCAUCGUCCGCGAACACCGCCGGUGGCCAACAGGUGACCUCAAAAUCUCAGCAACAGCACGCUGCCUCUGCCGCCGCAGCUGCGGCGACGGCGCAUCAACAGCAUCUGAUGAAGCAACGCGCCGCCGCAGCAGCAGCUGCCGCCGGCGCCAAUGGUGUGGCGAAUGCGGCCAACAGUUUUGGGGCAGCCGCGGUGGCGGCCUUCAAUUCCCAGGCGGCGGCAGCGGCGUCGAUGCUCCAGCAGUCGCAGGGCAACAACAGGAUGCUUUCGCAGGCCACCGUCCAGGCUUUGGCCAGCAGCGGAUGGAUGUCCGGACAGACAAACCUGCAGCUCCACGCCCAGAUGAUGGCGCAGCAAACGCAUGCGAACGCCAAUCGCGUGGGAAGCUAUCGGGAGCACAUGAACAACCUGAUGAUGAGCGGCAGCAGCCGGCAGCCGUAUUCCUACAACAGUCCCGCGAUCUCCAUGUCCUCGGUGAACAACCACAGUGGGGGUGGUGGGAAUGCCCCACCUCCGCUCGUCCGCUCGGCGGCGGGUCAAAAUGCCAACCACAUGUCAAAUGUCGAGCAGUCAAUGGUGCAACAACAACAGCAACAGACACAACAACAACAACAACCGCAACAACAACAACGACACCAGAACAGCACAUUUAACAACCACAACAACAACCAUGCACCACAGCAACACUCUUCACCAAACAGCCAGACCAAUAGUAGCCACCAUCAUCAUCAUCAACAACAGCCACAACAUGCCUUAGCCAAAAGUCUCAGCAGCAGCAACAACAACAGCAGCGGCAACAGCAAUACCACCAGGAACAGCAACAGCAGCAACAACUCCAGUUCGGCGGCCGCUGUGGCAGCUGCUGCUGCCGCCGGCUACGUGCAAGCUCUCUUGGGAGGCGGCGGCGGUGCCGGGGGCGUGGCUGGUGGCGCUGGCGCCGGCAGCAAUGCCUUCAACUACAACCUGCCCUCAACCCGAGCGGAUUACACAAAUCUAGCGCUGUGGAAUCAACUAACGCCCGCCCAACGUCUGCUCAUCAGCCAGCAGCUGAAAGGUGCCAGUCCAACUGGAUCUGGUGGUAAUAUCACCAGCGGCACCGCAUCCAGCCAUGCCGCCGGCAAGCAGAACUUCCCAGCCUUGCCCUCCCUGCCGCUGGAUACGGAUCUGAUUACCAUGCUGGACUAUAACAAUCCCAAUAAGGCAAACAAAAGUCAGAAGAGUGCUGGAGGUGUUACCUUUACCAAGCCCAUUGUGCCACCGCUGAUACCAGAUGGUUCGGGAGCUGAAAUAACGCUGACCAAAAGCAGAAGAGCUGGAGGAGGUGGAGGAGGUGGUGGUGGUGAUGGUGGCGGCGGCGGAGGUGGAGGCGGAGUAGCCGCCGCCGGAAGUGGUACUACCAUACCGCUGAAUUCCACGCAAGCACUCGAGGAUUUUGAAAAGAAGUUUACUGUGAUGACGGACGAAAUGCGGGCUGUUAUACAAAAAGUUUUGGCCAAUCCGGAUCUCUCGACAUUCAUACAAACGAAUUCCAGCAGCAAUAAUAGUGCAAAUCAAAAUCACCUGGUGCCUUCGUAUAUAUCGCCACCCAUGUCGCCCUCCGUGGGCGGUUUGAACAUGGGGAUGGCCAUGAGCAAUGUGGCCACACUGACCUUGGCCUCCAAUCCGAAUGUGACAAUAACACCACAGUUGCCCGGACACUUUCUGCACUCGCCAUCGAGUUCGUGCUCCAGUUCGAGUGCCUCGAAUACGGCGCCAUCUCCGUUGAGCAGUGGCGGCGGCGGCGGCGGGGGAUCAGGUGGGGCGGGUGGAGCAGGCGGGGCAUCCAGCGGUGCGACUGGGCGGCAAAAGAGCGUGAUUUGUUCGACCAAAAGCAAUAAUCUACCCAUGGCCAUACUCUCGCUAGCUAGCAAUAAUUUAGGUGGGGUUAGUUCAAAUUCAGGAGUACGACGGAAUAACAAUAAUACUAAUAGUAAUUAUGGGCGUCAGACACACAGCCAAAGUAGUAGUAACCACAGCAAUACACAAACAACAAGAACUCAACAACAAAGCACACCCACUGACGUAAUCGAUCUGUCCUCCUCCCGAAGGUCACUAGCUGCAUCGGCGGCCUAUUUGCAGCAACACUCGUCGGCGGUCGCCCAGCAACAGGUGGCGGCGGCAGCGGUCGCCCAGCAACAACGUUUGGCCGCCGUCGCCGCCCAUCAUGCCCAGCAGAAUGGACGCAGUUCCUCGAAUUCGAGUAAUUCAGGCAGCUCGGCGAAUGCAUCGGGUAACAACAAUGGAACAAGCAACUCCGGUUCCUCGGGUAAUGGCUCAAACGGCAAUGGCAAUGCCUCCUCGAACAGCGCCUCCAUGCAUCUUCAGCGUCAUGCGGCCCUUGCUCAUGCUGCGGCGGCGGCGAAUGCGGCAGAUAGUGCUCAGCGGCUGUGCGUCAUACCCGAAAUACCCACCAACAACAUGAACCUGACGCCCUACAAGGUGCUCAAGGUGUGCGUGGACAAGCAUCUGGUGCCCUGCAUCAACAUGAAGGCCUACAACGAAUCCGAGCAGCUUAUGACGCUCAUCGAGUUCCAGAAGAACUUCUUCCCCUCGGUGCCGCUGGAUCAUUGCAAGCGUUUGAUCGAGGCCCUCGGCGUGGAGCUCUACAAGGCAAAUCGGCGACAAGUGCAGAUCCUGAUGGAGUACGAUCGCAACUACAACGAGAACAUGCCACUGGUGCAGGUGCGCGACAUCAUCAAGUACAUGACACAGCUGACCUUCAUGACGCGCCAGUCGGAGCAGCCGCCGGCCAAGAGGACGCGCACGAGCUAGGAAUUAAGCUGGGGAGCACAACAUUUGCCACCAACAACAACCACAAUAGCCACAGGCACAGGCACACCAAAAACACCACCAUUAAGCAUAGCAGCCACAACAAGCAGCCACGCAACUGCCACAGUUUACACACGAACAACAACAGCAGCGGCCGCAGCGAUAGCACCACCAACUUCGGUGGCAGCCACAUCGUUGAGGAGACGGGCGCUCACACCGCCAGCGAAUGUUAGUGGUGAUGAAGUGCUGGCCAGGUGGAGGGCACUAGCGCCACCGCCAGCACCGGCAGUUCCUGCCACACCACCCGGAGCAGGAACCAUUGGAUCUCCUGCACUAUCAGCAACACCUGUACACACCACCAGCAACACACACGAAAUGUUGUACUCCCACAACCCACACCCACACCCGCACCCGCACCACCAAGCAGCCCAGCAGCACCACCAUCAGCAGCAGCACGAGCAUCAGCGUUUGCUAAAAAAGCGCCAGCAUGCCGAGCAGACGGCGGCCAAGAAUCCGCGCACUGCUGCGGCUGCCGCCCAGAAAAUGGCUGAAGUAGAGCACGCCUAUCUAUCGAAUUUGUAUGGCAAGGCGGCGGCCAGCAUGCUAAGUCCACCCUUGGGCAAUGUCCUGCCCGAGUGGGAACAGCAGAGGCAACGAAGGACACAGGCGGCAGCACCACCGCCGCCCCACCAACCGCAGCAGCAUCCGCAUCAGCAACAACAAACGCAGCAGCAACCGUCGGCUGCAGCGGCAGUGGCGGCGCCACCCCAACGACAUAUAAUGCAUCGCCGGCAUAGCGUGUGUGCCGCUGGACUGGCCAGUCUGUCGCCUGCUUCCUCGACGCACUCCUCAUCGACGGCCUCGCCCACAACCGCGGCGGCAGCGGCCCUGGCCGCCGCAUCCUACUACGGCAGUGCGGCGGCAGCGGCGGCGGCGGCAUUUACGGCACCAUAUCAGCACCAUCAUCAUCAUCAUGCGGCAGCGGCUGCUGCGGCGGCACAUCAUCAUGCAGCAGCAGCAGCGGCAGCGGCGGCAGCAGCGGCGGCCCAUCACACACAUGGUCAGCCAUCGCCCACCAUAUAUCCACCCACUCCGCCGCCAUCGGCGCCGUGGGUGCAUCCAUGGUAUGCCGGCGAUGCGGCCUUCUGAGCGAGAGAUCGUAGAUAGAAUAGAUCGUAGACAGAUGAAAAUGAAUGGGGCGAGCAACUCAAGCCCCAAACUGUACAUUCGAGUUUCUAGUUUGUUAAGCUAUUUAUUAAACGACGAAAGGAAUAUAACAAUAUCUAUUUAGAUGAUGAGGCUCCAAACAUUUUUUUUGCGCGCCUGUCUGGAGAAGAUUAGUGUGUAAGUAGGCUAACUAAAACAAUUUCUGGGCAUUAUAUGCCAACUAAACAAUAACCAAGGGAUAACCUUAUCGAUGAUAUAUGGACUAAAGCUGCUGGGAUUUCGUUUGGUCAAAACAACAAGCAAACAAACAAAUAAACAAACCAACAAACAUUUUCAAAUGAGAACUCAAAGAACUGAUUACAUUUUAUUAUCAAAACACACAGAGAUAACCAUUUGUUUUCGUUUCUUGAUUCGUUCGGAAUUAAUUUUCGUGGUUUAAAAGUCUUUUCUAGAAAUAUUUACAUACAUUAACAGAUAUACAUGUUAUAUGCUAUACAUAUGUAAUAUAUAAGUAAAGCCAAUAAACUCGUCAUAUUGUAAGCAAGAAAUUAAAUUUCUUGCGUUUCAAAACUAUGCAAAAACUACCAACUACCAUAAAAACUAAAAACAAAAACCAAAACAAAAAGCAGCAACUAAAUGAAAGCAACUAUUCAAAAAUUGAGUCAAAUUUUGUAAGCUAGAAAAGAGAUCCGCAGAUCCUGAGAAAUUCCAUUCAAUAUUCAUUAUCGUCACAUCAUUAUCAUCAAAAGUUCCCAUUCGAGCAGCAAAGCAUAAAUCCUAAGCAAAUGUAAAAUUUAACAAUUUCCAAAUCUAAAAGUAACAUAAAAAGCUACAACUAAAAAUUAAAAAAGCAGAAAACAAAAUGAUAAGCUGAGAAGAAGAGAACCCACAAAAACAAACAAAAACCAGAAAACUAUGUUUAAAACAUACAAAAAAUACAACCCUAAUAUAAAUAUGAAAGCGAUUAUGUUAUAUACAGUGAAUGUAUAUCAAAAACUAUAUGUAUGUAUACCUAAAUAUCCGUUUUAUGGAUUUAAGAAUUUUUUUUAUCAGUUUUUUUUUUUUUGUGAAAAAUAAGCAUAUUUAUUAAACCCGUUACUCGUAGAGUAAAAGUAUGCAACAGGCAGAAGAAAACGUUUCCGACCAUAAAAAGUAUAUAAGGAUUAAUAGCCGAGUCAAUCUGGUCGACGCCCACAUUUGGAAAAAAAAUUGUUGGAUAUUUUUUCAUAAUUUUAUAAGUCGUUUUGAACAAUUUUUAAAAAUUAUUCUCAUUUUGUAUCUAUCGAUAUCCCGCAAAUUCGAGUUCGCAUUCACACUAGACGAGUAACGGGUAUCUGUUAGUCGGGGAAAUCGACUAUAUCAUUCUCUCUUGUUUAUAUUGUAUUCCUGAUGUUGCACUGUUCAGUUCCGUAUGCUUUGCUCGCGCUACUCAUUUAAAUCCAUUUAAGUAUAGUGCUGUUAUUAAAUAUUAUCUUGGGCAAUUGUUUAAAGGAAUUCGCAUUGUAAGACAUACCCACGAAGACAGAGAGAGAAAACAAAGUAAAAUUAUGAUUAUCAUCUUUAUUAUUGUUAGGUUUAAAAGCCGUCAAAGUAUUUAUCAAAGUGUGUUUUCAUUUUUGGCAGUGCAGCAAAAAACUAAAAGCAUAACGGAAAAUAAAGAAAUGAAGCAAAACUAAACAGAAUCAA